GGACGCCGCACAAAUAUGACCCGACUUUCAAAGGUCCCAUUUACGAUCGCCGGUGUUUUCUGCUCCCAGCCUGGACGCAUGGAGACCCACGGAAGGUGAUUUACCCCACGGACAGCCGGGGCCAGUUCUGUGGCCAGCAGGGAACUUCCAAUGCGAACAAGCCCUUCCUCUUCUACUUUGACAUCGUCAAGUGUGCCAGCCCAUUGGUGCUGCUGGAAUUCCAGUGUCCGACCACGCAGAUCUGCGUGAGCCAAUGCCCGGAUCGCCUCCUCACUACCGCCUAUGGCUCCAGCGACAUGGAAUAUUACCAGGACUUCUGCGUGCCGGGAUUCAGCUACUCGCUCCAGGUGAGCGCUGGGAUGAAGAACAAGGAGUGUCCAGCCAUGCUCAUUCCCAGCACGCCACUGGCUCGCCGGUGCCUGCCCGCUGUGCAGUCCAAGCAGGGCGUCAUCAUGGUGGGCAACGAGACGACCUACGACGACGGCACCGGGCAGCGCCGGAACGUCACGGAGCUGCUGGAAGGGGCCAAGAAAGCCAACGUGGUCCUGGAAGCGAGGCAGCUGGCCAUGAAGAUCUUCGAGGACUACACGGUCUCCUGGUACUGGAUAAUCAUAGGCCUCGUGAUCGCCAUGCUGGCCAGCCUGCUCUUCAUCGUGCUGCUGCGCUACCUGGCCGGCAUCAUGGUCUGGGUGAUGAUCGUCCUGGUGAUCCUGGUGCUGGCCUACGGGAUCUUCCACUGCUACCUGGAAUACGCCAAGCUGAAGGGGGAGGCCGGCUCCGACGUCUCCCUGACGGACCUGGGCUUCCAGACGGAUCUCCGCGUCUACCUGCACCUGCGGCAGACCUGGCUGGCCUUCAUGAUCAUCCUGUGCGUCGUGGAGCUGCUGAUCGUGCUGCUGCUCAUCUUCCUCCGCAAGCGCAUCCUCAUCGCCAUCGCGCUCAUCAAGGAGGCCAGCAGGGCCAUCGGUCACAUCAUGACAUCCCUGCUCUUCCCUCUCUGCACCUUCUUCCUGCUGUGCCUCUGCAUCGCGUACUGGGCCAGCACCGCCGUCUUCUUGGCGACCUCCAACGAGGCCGUCUACAAGGUGUUCAACGAGACGGCAUGCCCGUAUUCCGGGCAGACCUGCAUGCCCGAGACGUUCAACACGAGCAACGUGACCAAGGCGUGCCCGGACGCCCAGUGCCUCUUCGCGUUCUACGGCGGCGAGAGCGCCUACCACAAGUACCUCAUCGCCCUCCAGUUCUUCAACAUCUUCAUGCUCUUCUGGCUGGUCAACUUUGUCAUCGCGCUGGGCCAGGUGACGCUCGCCGGCGCCUUCGCCUCCUACUACUGGGCCUUCAAGAAGCCCGAUGACAUCCCGGCGUUCCCGCUCUUCUCCGCCUUCGGACGGGCGCUCAGGUACCACACCGGCUCGCUGGCCUUCGGAUCCCUCAUCCUCGCCAUCGUCCAAGUGAUCCGGGUCAUGCUGGAGUAUCUGGACCACCGGCUGAAAGCCGCAGAAAACAAGGUCGCCAAGUUCUUCCUGGGCUGCCUCAAGUGCUGCUUCUGGUGCCUGGAGAAAUUCAUCAAGUUCCUCAACAGAAACGCGUACAUCAUGAUCGCCGUCUACGGCACCAACUUCUGCACGUCCGCCCGGAACGCCUUCUUCCUGCUCAUGCGGAACAUCAUCAGGGUGGCCGUUCUGGAUAAAGUCACGGAUUUCCUCUUGUUCCUGGGCAAACUGCUCAUCGUGGGCAGCGUCGGGGUCCUGGCCUUCUUCUUUUUCACCCAGCGAAUCAAGCUGGUUGAGGACACGGCCCCAACCCUCAACUACUACUGGGUGCCAAUUCUGGUAAGCCGCGUCCUGGACUUCGCCACGACGGAUCCGCACCGCUUCCCUCCGGAGCGCGGGCUGGGAUUCUCCUGCCCUUCUCUCUUUGCAGUGGAAGACCUGGAGCGCCACGACGGCUCCACGGAAAAGCCUUACUUCAUGUCGCCAGGCCUGCAAAAGCUGCUGAAGAAACGCAACAAAGGUCACCCGGAUGCAUAG